UAAGUUCCCUGGGACGCGUCUUUAAUGGAAUUUCCAAUAAUCCGGUAGCAUCGCAAUUAAAUCGCGAGAUGUUCAGCAGUGUGGUUUCAACCUUGACCCUGGAUACACUAAACUGGUUGGUGCGUAUUCUGCGAUCCGGCUGGACACUGGUUGUCUGUCUCGCGCUCAUCACUCUGAUUGAUCUCACAAGGACGCGCCUCCACUCCGGCCACUCAGCCACAUGCAACAUUGCAGAAGAUAACACCAAAGAACUCAUACUUGUCCAUCUGCUCUUCCGGCACGGACAUCGAACACCAGCCGACACUUAUCCCACUGAUCCCUAUUUCGAUGCUACUUUUGAGCCCUACGGAUGGGGUCAUUUAACAAAUUAUGGGAAAACUUAUAUGUUUGAGACUGGACAAUACCUCAGAAGGAGAUAUGAUAGAUUUCUGGGGAAGACCUACCAACCAGAUGCUAUUCAUGCACAAUCAACAGGUGUCACAAGGACGAAGAUGUCCCUCUCGCUCGUUUUGGCGGGACUCUGGCCACCAAAAGGAACGAACAUGGAGUGGAAUAAGCAGCUGAACUGGCAACCAAUUCCCAUUGAAUACGAAGAGCUAAACGAGGAUUCUCUCCUCCUUGUGAGAACCCCAUGUCCAAGAUACCAUGAAGCUCUCGAGGAAGCUUUUAGGGAAUACCCAAUAAGGAUAGAGUUAGAAAAGAACAGGAUGAUGAUGAGGGAACUCACAGGGAUCACAGGAUUAGAUAUCAAAACUCCAGAUGAUGUUCAAUCCUUGUUCAGUACUCUCAAAGCUGAAGAGGAAUACGGAUUGAAGCUACCAGAAUGGACCAAACGCUUCUAUCCAGAAAAGCUUCUUCCACUGACAGAGCUCAGCUACGUCUGGAAUGUUCACACGCCGGAAAUGAAGCGCUUGAAAGCUGGUCCAUUCCUCCAGAAACUCGUGGAUGAGUGGAAGGCAGCUUCUGAGGAAAACCUGAAGCCCAAGGAUCGCAAGAUGUACCUCUACACUGGCCACGAUUCCUCCGUGGUCAAUGUUCUGCAUGCCCUGGGAGUCUGGGAUUACCAACUACCGGAUUAUGCCAUCAUGGGAAUGUUUGAGCUGUUGAGAGAUCGUCCAACUGGGCAACUUGGUGUCCAGCUCUACCUGCGUAACUCCACAGCCGAACCUGUUCCUCUCACUCUUCCGGGAUGUGACUUCUUCUGUCCCCUGGAGAAGGCCUUCCAGCUCAUUACUCCCGUCUUGCCUGUCAAUCGCGAAGAGGAGUGCAAACCCAAGGAUCCCAAUUUCUCAACGCCUCCACCAAGUGGGCCAUAGACUCUUUCGUCUCCUUUGGGUCACUGGGUACCCAUGGAAACAACAAUUUUUUAGACUAUCUAGAAUCGAUAAGAAUCCGAUUCUUCUGGAUAAUUACAAACUAUAAGGAUGUCCAAAUCUAGGAUAUUUUUUGCAAGAUCCCAAUUAACUCCUGAGCUAAGAUAUUCUUGGUCAAAAAUCGUGAAUUUUUGAUUUUCUGCUUCCUUGCGGAUAUCCUGACAUUAUUUAUAUUUUUAGACCAGAAUAAGGAAAAACCUCUCGGGGCCAAUAAGUAUGAUAACUAACAAUUACAGAUUGCAUAAAUUCGAAAAAUAAUCUUUCUUAAAUUUUCAAAAAACUUGUUCAAACUUUAUGGGUACUCUCGUCCCCAAAAAUCUAGAGGUCAAAUGUAAGGUUAUCCCGCCAAUGCCCGCCAUUUGCCUUUUGACACCAACUUGUAAGAAAAUUCCAAGCGGGAGCGAAAUUUUUGCCAAUAUGGCCGAUAAUUUUGACAUUUAGCAGCGAGGGAGAUUGCUUUGAGGGAAGUUUUUCCUAUUCUUCCAGAUUUUGGUGAAUUCUGAUUGUCCAGGAAGUGUUUUUUUGACUCUUGAGGAAGCUUAAUGUGUCUGCAAUAACAUCGUGUUGAGAGAAGUGUGUGUUAAAGUGUUAUUGUGUGAAAUAUUUUGAGGAAUCUGUUGGUACACUGAGAGAAAUCCGAAAAAGUUAAAAUAACAAUCCGGAAAUGUUAAUUUUACCCUGCAGUAUUGAUCCAAAAUCGGUGUAAAUAUUACACUUUUUAGGUGUAUUAGGGGUUAAAAUUACCUUUUGCCAUGUUAAUUUUACCCUUAAAAAGGUGUAAAAUUACCAUUAAAAAAUGUUGAUAUAUUUUUACACCUAAAAAUGUUAAAGUUCUGAGGAAAAAAAGUUAAUCGCACCCUCGUUUUUUUCUCAGUGUAAGCAGGAGCUGGGUGUCCUUUUUAGCACUUCCUGGACAUCACAGAAGAUACUGGUCAAUAAUUCUUCUUGUUUUAGUGAUCAACAUUGUAAAGUAGUCAUUUGACACGCAAAAAUAAUUCACAAAAUUGAUAUUAUUGGUGUUGCAGAUUCAAAUUCAAAUUGAUAGAAUUGUAAGGGGGUAGCCAUUUUGUAGUUUUAGUAUUGCCAUGUAGGUGAAACGUAGAGAUGCCAGUUUUUGGUGGGAAUUCGAUCAUGAUGGACAAAGAAUUUAGAAGUGAUAAUUUUCUGGCAAUUUAUAAGUUUUGUAAGUAAAAAACCAAGACAAAAUUAGGCUAGACGUUUCACAGAAGAUUUAUUUAUAGGAUUUAUGACAGAGUUUCUGAAGGACUUCUACAAGGAAGAUUUUGAACUAAAAGUUAGAAAAUACCUGUAAGUAGGAAACUAAAGAAAGACAGAAUUAGAGGACUUAAAAAGAUUCUAUUUAUAGGAUAAACAAGGAAAGAAAGCCAGAAUUGGGGAAGAUUCUAAGAGGGCAAGAUUUAAAGGCUCAGGUAAAAUUUAAGGUUAGGUUUAGAGGCUCUCAUGGCUGACCCCCAUUUUUGUUUCAGAUCUUAAAUCAGCAGUGUCGAUCGCCAAUUCUAAUAGUUUGAUACGGUUAUAUUUGAAGAGAAUAGAGAAAUAAUUUCCGAUGGAAGAAUAUGUCAAGAACAAUUGGCUUUUGGAAAAUUGAAGUUUGUCUCCUUUUCGUUCUUUAGGGGACGAGAGUACCCAUGAGUUUUCCAAUUUCCCAGAGGCGGAGAAAAUUCUUUCUCUACAAAAGUAUCAUAAUUUGACCACUAAGACUUACAAUAAAGUGAGUUUUACUGAAA